CAAAAGGUUAGUAAUUAGUAAUCAAACACUUAAAGCAAUUCGGAUGAACAGCGCUUACGUACAAUCCAUCGUUUCUUUUCUCGUAAUGCAGUGUUCGUAACUCUGAGAAUAGAAACCCGUUCGCAAUCUUACUUCAACCCAUCUUCCACCUUUCAAACCUUUUUUGCAUAUUCUCGACCUUCAGGUUUUAAUUUGAGAAAGGCACAACGUAUGGAUCACCUCAGAUUCAGUUCUUGAUCCGGUUAUCACCUGUAUAUCAAGGUUGUGGUGGAAACGAAUGCUGAAUAGUGAAUACUAAUGGAGACUACCACAGUUAAAAGUAAUUCUGUAUCAGUAUUGCAAGUGUGGAAAUUAUAAUGCAAUUGCUAUGGAUGAAACACAAGAUCAGUAUUAUUCUUCCAGUCUACCUGAGAUUUCUUUGUCUCGUGAUGGUAGUGUGAGGUCUUAUUCCAAUGCGCAAAUAAAUCGUGGGACUGGGAUGCCAGGCCUGAAGAAGAGAGGUCAUGGAAGUCGGUCUUGGAUUAAAAUUGGUAACGAUGGGAAUUUUGAGACAGUGAGACUUGACAAGGCAACUAUAAUGAGAAAUUGUUCUUUGCCUUCUAGAGAUCUCCGGCUAUUGGAUCCAAUGUUUAUUUAUCCUUCAGCAAUAUUAGGACGGGAGAAGGCUAUUGUAGUCAACCUUGAGCAAAUCCGAUGUAUAAUCACUGCGGAUGAGGUCAUCCUGAUGAAUUCAUUGGAUGGUAGUGUUGGUCAGUACAGGUCAGAAUUAUGCAGUCGCCUUAAGAAUGAAAAAGCUGAUGAUCUACCUUUUGAAAUUAGGGCACUGGAGUUGGCUCUAGAAUUGACAUGCACAUCUUUAGAUGCUCAGGUAAACGAACUGGAAAUGGAAAUAUAUCCCGUGCUAGAUGAACUAGCCUCAUCUAUCAGUACUCUAAAUCUGGAACGUGUUAGGAGAUUUAAAGGUCACCUGCUUGCUUUGACUCAACGAGUUCAGAAGGUUCGUGAUGAAAUAGAACAUCUUAUGGAUGAUGAUGGUGACAUGGCUGAGAUGUGUCUAACUGAGAAAAAGAGAAGAUCUGAUACUUACACUAUUAAUGACUGUUUUCAAACUAAUGCAUCUGGUGGAGUGAUUUCAAAGUCAGCUCCUGUUUCACCCGAGCGAACGACUAGUGGAGUCCAGAUGUUGCAAAGGGCUUUCAGCAGCAUUGGAAAUUCUAGUAAACAUGGUAGCUCAAUGGUCUCUUCUGAUAACGAGGAAAGGAUUGAGCCACUCGAAAUGUUGCUUGAAGCAUAUUUUGUACUCAUUGAUAAUACUCUUAACACACUAUUAUCGCUCAAAGAGUACAUUGACGACACAGAAGAUUUUAUCAACAUAAAAUUGGGAAAUAUUCAAAACCAGCUAAUACAGUUUGAGCUGCUUCUUACAGCUGCUACAUUGGUAGCUGCAGUAUUUACUGCUGUAGCAGGUGUAUUUGGAAUGAACUUUGAAACCACAGUUUUUGACUAUCCAUCUGGAUUCAAUUUGGUUUUGGUAAUUACUGGUAUUGCUUGUAUAGCAUUGUAUUUCGCUCUCCUAUUUUAUUUUAGGUACAAGAAAGUGCUUGCAGCUUAA